AUGACCUUUCAAAUCAAACUCUCACGAGAUUUCAAUAUUAAGCAUCAUGGCGGACAAAGCGGGAGACGGACCAGUUGAGGCACAAUUACAGAUGGGAGACACGGAAAAUAGUAGAGCUGAAUCAGAAGCAACCAACAAAGAAGAUGGUGAAAGUGAAAUGGCUGAGGAAGCCAUGUCUGUGGAUGACGAAGGCUCAGAAUGUUACUGUGGAAAAGGUAGAAAUCUAGGAACAGUAGAAAUUCAGUGUGGAUUCUGUUUUCGGUGGUUCCAUCAGGAUUGUAUUGGAUGUUAUCUUGGCACAGCCAUUCCUUUUAUGACAAAUUAUCAGUUUGCCUGUAGAGGGUGCAGCCCUAAUGGUUUAGAAAAUUUCACAAAAAAAGUAUCAAGUUUUCCUCAAAUUUGUUACACUGCCAUAGCCAACCUCUGUUACCAGACUGAUCCGGCCUCAGAAAAUCCACAGAUGUUCUCUAGAGAUGGGGAGAUCAUUCCAUUCAUUGAUAAACAAUGGGAGAACCUGACAACCCAGACCAGAAGAACCAAGCAAACAUGGCACGCCACUGUCGCCAAAACCUUGUCCAAAGAAACAGAAAUGUUCACUUACAAAGAAGAAAAUCUUGGAGAUCCUCAUUUUGGGUUGACUCUCUCUGAUCUGUACAAAGUUGGUCCCUACAGUGAAAUCUUGAAACAAAGUGGAAGUGUGCCCUCUAUUGGCAAGAGUGGAGGUUUUGUGGACAGUGGAAAGGGUAGAGGGUACAAAAGAAAGGCCCCAGACUCAGUACAGCUCCCUGGAGUCAAACAAAAGAGAGGUGAUCUUGGACCCACUACCAAACAGGCCCCGCAUGGCUAUCCAUUGGAACAUCCAUUUAACAAAGAUGGAUACCGAUAUAUUCUGGCAGAAGCAGACCCUCACGCCCCAAACAGACAGGCUUUUGAUGAGAGUCUAGACUGGGCAGGAAAGCCUAUCCCUGGCUAUCUGUAUAGAACCUUCUUAGGAACAGAUGUACUGUUUGCACUGAAUGACAGAGCUCCACAGUUGAAGAUUUCUACUGACCGACUGAGUGUGACGGGGGAGAAGGGUUACAGCAUGGUCCGGGCCACUCAUGGGGUGAGGAGGGGAGCCUGGUAUUUUGAGGUCCUUAUUGAGGAGAUGCCACAGGAUUCUGCCACAAGAAUAGGGUGGUCACAGUCGCUAGGUAACUUACAAGCCCCCUGUGGUUAUGACAAGUUUAGUUACUCCUUUCGUUCACGGUUGGGGACAAGAUUUCACCAGAGCCGAGGGAAGCACUACUGCGACGGGGGAUACUCGGAGGGGGAUGUCCUCGGGUUCUUCAUUCAUCUACCAGAACCUGACAACCCAGGAAAACUCCUCCCAAACACAUUCAAAGACAGGCCAUUAGUAAAGUUCAAGAGUCACCUUUACUAUGAAGAGAAGGACCAUGUUGCUGAAACAGAGAAGUCCCUGAAACCAUUGAUUGGAUCUCAGAUGAUUAUGUACAAAAACGGAUCAUCACAGGGCAUAGCCUAUGAGGAUGUCUUUGAAGGAGUAUACUAUCCAGCAGUUUCCUUGUACAAAAACACCAAGGUGACCAUGAACUUUGGGCCAGACUUUAAGUGUCCUCCGCAGGGUCUCAAGGACUUCAGACCGAUGUCAGAUGCUGCAUCCCAAACAAUGGUGGAAUAUGCUCUAGCAGAUAUUAUUUACCAUGUGGAAAAUGAAGGGAAAUUGCCCGAGUUUUAAGAACAUUUUUCAAACAAUCACCAGUGCCACUGACAGAAACAUUCAGCCGAGCCCUGUCUGAACAAGUGUCCCCCUUAGCUCCUGUCUGUGUUUGCUUCACUGUAGGGCCUGAGUAUCGUAUCAACUGUAUGGGCUGAGAGCCUGCUUCAAUGAGGCUAAAUCAUACAUGCAUGGAACUGUAAAUUGUUUUUAGGAAAGUAAAACAUUUCUUCAUAAUUAAAUGUGAAAUAAAAUGAGUAAAACAUUCAUG